AUGUCUUCUCACAAGACUUUCAGGAUUAAGCAGUUCCUGGUCAGCAAACAAAAGCAAAAUCGUCCUAUUCCCCAGUGGAUUCGGAUGAAAACUGGUAAUAAAAUCAGGGGCCCCAGUGGACAUUAUGGACGUUAUGCAGGAGCCAAGUACCAUUACCCUCAGGCUGAAACUGUUGAUGAGCCCAUGGAGGAAGAAGAAUUAGCAAAAGAAGACAAAGAAGAAUCUGAUGAUGAAGCUGCAGUAGAGGAAGAAAAAGAAGAAAAGAGACCAAAGAUUUAAAAAGUUGAAAAAACUGUCUGGGACUGGGAACUUAUUACUGAUAUCACACCAAUAUGGCAGAGACCAUCAAAAGAAGUAAAAGAAGAUGAAUACAAAGCUUUUUACAAAUCGUUUUCAAAGGAAAGUGAUGACCCCAUGGCUUAUAUUCACUUUACUGCUGAAGGGGAAGUUACCUUCAAAUCAGUUUUAUUUGUACACACAUCUGCUCCACGUGGUCUAUUUGACGAAUAUGGAUCUAAAAAGAGUGAUUACAUUAAGCUCUAUGUGCGCCGUGUAUUCAUCACAGAUGACUUCCAUGAUAUGAUGUCUAAGUACCUUAAUUUUGUCAAGGGUGUGGUGGACUCAGAUGAUCUCCCCUUGAAUGUUUCUCUUGAGACUCUUUAGCAACAUAAACUGCUUAAGGUGACUAGAAAGAAGCUUGUUUGUAAAACUCUGGACAUGAUCAAGAAGAUUGCUGAUGAUAAAUACAAUGAUACUUUUUGGAAAGAAUUUGGUACCAACAUCAAGCUUGGUGUGACUGAAGACCACUCAAAUCAAACAUGUCUUGCUAAACUUCUUAUGUUCCAGUCUUCUCAUCAUCCAACUGACAUUACUACCCUAGACCAGUAUGUGGAAAGAAUGAAGAGAAAACAAGACAAAAUCUACUUCAUGGCUGGGUCCAGCAGAAAAGAGGCUGAAUCUUCUCUAUUUGUUUAGCGACUUCUGAAAAGGGGCUAUGAAGUUCUUUACCUCACAGAACCUGUGGAUGAAUACUGCAGUCAGACCCUUCCCAAAUUUGAUGGGAAGAGGUUCCAGAAUAUUGUCAAGGAAGGAGUGAAGAUUCAUGAAAGUGAGAAAACUAAGAAGAGUUGUGAAGCAGUUGAGAAAGAAUUUGAGCCUCUGCUCAAUUGGAUGAAAGAUAAAGCCCUUAAGGACAAAACUGAGAAGGCUGUGGUGUCUCAGCACCUGACAGAAUCUCCGUGUGCUUUGGUGGCCAGUCAGUACCGACUGUCUGGCAACAUGAACAGAAUCAUGAAAGCACAAGCAUAUCAAAUGAGCAAGGACAGCUCUACAAAUUACUAUGGGAGUCAGAAGAAAACAUUUGAAAUUAAUCCUAGACACCCGCUGAUCAGAGACAUGCUUUGAUGAAUUAAGGAAGGUGAAGAUGAUAAAACAGUCUUGGAUCUUGCUGUGGUUUUGUGUGAAACAGCAAUGCUUCAGGCAGGAUAUCUUUUACCAGACACUAAAACAUAUGGAGAUAGAAUAGAAAGAAUGCCCCUAAGUUUGAACAUUGACCCUGAUGCAAAGUUGGAAGAAGAACCCAACGAAGAACCUGAAGACACAACAGAAGACACAGAGCAAGAUGAAGACAAAGAAAUAGAUGUAGGAACAGAUGAAGAAGAACAAAAAACAGCAAAGGAAUCUACAGCUGAAAAAGAUGAAUUGUAUAUUAUACUCUCACUGUUUGUAUCCUUUGUGGAGAGGGAAUGUGAAAUUUAA